AACCUGAGGGCAAGGUUCUCUUCUGUUGCUGAGACAUCACACAACCAAAAAUAGUUUUGAAGCUCCCUUAACCUCAGUCUGUGAUAUAUAUGGACCAAUUGUUUCUUCAGUGGCAGCUUCACUGAAGAUACUUCAAGUAAAAUAUGGAGCCUCAAACAGAAAAUUUGAAGACAGCAUGGCAGUUGUCUUUGGGAAGCUAUUACAUUUCUGAGGAGUAUGGCUUUCUACUUCCAAAUCCUCUAAGGGAACUUCCAGAUCAUUACAGGCCUUGGAUGGAAAUUGCCAAAAAGCUUCCUCACUUGAUUGAAAGUCACCAGCUUCGAGCUCAUGUCAACAAGAUGCCCCUCCUGAGCUGCCAGUUCCUAAAGAGUUACCGGCAACAACGCUUGGCCCAUUUAGUCCUGAGCUCCAUUACCAUGGGAUAUGUCUGGCAGGAAGGAGAGACACAGCCUAAAGAGGUGCUGCCAAGAAAUCUUGCCAUUCCCUUUGUUGAAGUCUCCAGGAACUUGGGGCUCCCUCCUAUCCUGGUACACUCAGACUUGGUGCUGGCAAACUGGACGAAAAGGAACUCAGAAGGACCCCUGGAAAUCAGCAACCUGGACACCAUCAUCCUGUUUCCUGGGGGAGAGAGUCUGCGUGGCUUCAUACUGGUGACUGUUUUAGUGGAGAAAGCAGCUGUGCCUGGAAUUAAGGCACUUGCUCAAGCAAUGCAUGCUGUCCUGCAGCCCAGCCAGGAUGCCCUGCUUAAGGCCCUGCAGCAACUGAAGCUCUGCAUCCAGGACAUGACCAGAACCUUAGGACGAAUGCAUGGUAUAAUGCCCCCUUGUUUCUGAAGGAUCCAAGAGGUUGAAGGCUCUGCAGAUGGGAAAAAGGGCCUAAAGUUUGGGCACAUCCAAAAUAGGUGAGGACUGAUCUUUCCACAAGAUGGCGCUGGUGCACUAUAUUUCUUUUAAGGUAGAACUAAUUUUGCUGUUCUAACAGAGAAUGAGUCUGUAGAGGCAUUUUCACAGUUUUGCCCUUCUUUCUAUUUUCCAGGGAUUAGCAUAAUUUCCUCUCUUCAGAGACCAGAUAUAGUUUUGGUCUUGUAGGAAGCUUGGGAAGAGCGGAUGGGCCAACCCUGUAAUAUUGGUCUUGUGUGCAGUAAUUAGAAUAUAUCAAAGCCAUUGAACCCCAACUUAAUUUCAAUUUUUAUUUACCUUAAGUCCAAUUUUAUCAUGUUUAUGGGUUAAGUCCGAAAAUAGACAUUUGUAUACACAAAGAGCUCACAAAAUAUUGAGGAUUUUUAUCAAUCUUUAGAGAAGACUUCUUAGAGACAUGAAAACUUAAAUUACAUAUCAUACAUCAAAACUACAUAAAAAUCUACAAUAAUUAUUAUAAUUUUAUAUGGUUAUAAUUUACUUUGAUUUGCUUAUUUAUUUACAAACUUUUAAAAUCUUCACUCCUUUUGUUGCUGGGGAUUGAGUCCAGGGGCAAGCGCUCAACCACUAACCUAUAUCUCCAGACCUUUUUAAUUUAGUUUUGAGAUCAGGUGUUGCUAAAUUGCCCAGGCUGGGACUCAGUCUCCUAAGUAGCUGAGCACAGGGGUAUGUGUCAUCUCCCCAGCUUGCUUGUCACUCUUUAAACAUAUUUCUUUCAUCUGAAGCACAUCUCUUAGGAUUUCCUCUAGUGAGCAGCUGCUAUGGCUAAACUCUUAUGUAUUUAUUAUUUAUUUGGUCCUGGGGAUUGAACCCAGGGACAUUCAACCACUGAGCCACAUCCCCAACCUUUUUUACAUUUUUUAUUUAGACACAGGGUCUCACUAAGUGCUUACGGCCUCAGUAAGUUGCUGAGGUUGGCUUUGAACUUGUGAUAAUCCUGCCUCAGCUGCUGAGAUUACAGGUGUGCACCACCACGCCCAGCUAGAUAAAUUCUUCCAUCUAAAAUUCACCUGAUUUUUCUUUAUCUGAAAAAUAGUUUUGUUAGCAGUUAUAUUCUUUCAGAUGUUAAAUAUAUCAGUACAGUAACUUCAGGUUUCCCUCAUCACUGUUGAGACAUAGCUUUCAUUCCAUCUUUCUCCCUGAUUGCUUCUCAGAGCUUCUCUGUGUUCAUCUAACUUCUUUGGUGGUUGCUGUUUGUGUCUUGUUUCUUUUCUUUUCUUUUUCCAGUGGGUUCUGUCAGUUGGUCGUCAUCUUUUCUUGCGUGUUGAUUUUUUUCUUUUUCACUAUGCAAUGCUGAUUAUCCAUGAAACAAUAUUUGCAAGCAGUGUUUUGAGACUGGAAUAAUGAAGCAUUUGCAUUUAGUUCUUCCUGGUUCUUGGGAACACUAACAUCCUGAACCACCUUGAUUCAAAUCUGGCAAACGAGGGCCCAUAUACCAAUCAGGAAGUUGCACUGGGGCUAAAUCAAGUAAACUGUGGUUACAACUUUGCAGGGACUUUUUUUUUUUUCUUAAAUAUUGUUUGACUCAGUACCAAGGUAAUUCUCGUUUUGUCUCCUGGGGCAAGCAGGAGUGAGGUAGGAGGUUGUGUUUCUUACUGAACUUGAGGAUACUGGCAUCUGGAGCUCUCAGCUUAGUAUGAAAAGUCUAUCAUGUGAAAUUUGUCACCAUGGCUGGGCCCAAGUCCUUGUUUCUGGCCCCAUUACACAGAGAAGCCACUAAAACCAAGCCACAUUGUGUCAGGAUUGGACAAAGUGGUUGUUCACUGAGUCCCUGUUUCUGUCUGGUAGUUCUGUCUGGUAGUUCCUUGCUGCUAUCACAGAUCUUAGAUGUCUUUUAGAUGUUUUUAUGUUUUAUUCAGAGUUUUUGGUUGUUUAUAGUAAAAAAAAAUAGGUCCAAUUCAUAAUAGCACUCCAUUAUACAACUGGAAGUCUCUUUCUUAAAUAUCAUUCAUAUCUCUUUCUUUAUUUGUUUUCAUACCAACUCUUGCAUGGACUUCUGCUGUAACUUUCCAAAUCCUUUUCAUCAUCUACUUUUACCUGGUCUAAUUCAUUGUCUACACAACACCUUGAGUGAACUUUUAAAGUGUAAAUCAGGCUGCAUCACUUUUGAUCUUAAGAUUCUGAGUGUCCAUGUGGGCUCUGUCCUAUACAGUGGCCUCUAGCCACAUGUGGCAUUUGAACACUUGAAUGUGGUCAGUAUGAUUGGAAAACUAAAUUUUGGGUUUUAAUUUGAAUUCAAUAAAAUUUAAAAAUUGAAUCAGCAUAAAACAAUUUUCAGUUAAAAGCCCUUUUAUUAUGACAAAGACUAUAUUUCACCUAAUUAUUGAAAAUGUGGCAUCCAAAACCAAGUUGACUUGAAUGUAGAAGAGUGAUUACUAGAAGUAGGAAAGGCUGUGGGUGGUGAGAAUUGAAAAAGGGAGAGUUCAAUUGAUUGGUGCAUGCUGGGUAUUCGUAUAAAAAUAUCAUAUCAGACCCCACUAAUAUGUACAAUUAAUUCCUGUUAAUCAAAAAUCAACUAGUUACUAAAAAAUAAAAUAAAAUAAAAUUUAGCAUCCAAACUAAAUUUGCUGUAAGAUAGAAGUGUGAGUGCAUGCACAGAAUUAUUAUAAAAAAAAACCCAUGAGUAAUUUUUAUACUGACUAAAUAUUGAAAUGAUAAUAUCAUGGAUAUUUGGGGUUAAGUAAAAUAUACUAUUGAUUUUAAUCUUGCUUAAUUUUUUGAAAUGUCACAAUAAAAUUUAAAAUUCUACAUGUGGAUCGUACCACAUUUCUAUUAAAUAGCACUAGUUUACCCUAGGGAUAAAGCCCAAAUCCUUAACCUUUUCUCUAAGACCCUUUUCUGAUAUGACUCCAUGCUGUUUCAAUUUUAAUCUAACUUUGUUUGCUAUCAAGUUUCUCUUGGUACCUUUUUCUGUUACUAGCUUUUAGUUACUGAAAAUAACCUUAUUUCUUCUAUUUCAAGGUCUGUGUUCUUGUGUUCUUGCUUUUGCCUCUGGCCAAACACUUUUUCCUACUCACCCUUCUCCUAGUCAACUUCUGCUUAUAUAUCAAUCCCAAAAUUACUUUCUCUGGAAGAACCCUGGUCUCAUCCAGGGCCUGAGAGCUGCUUAAACCCUGACAACUUUGCUAUCAAACCUGGGAAGAGAGGAAGAGGCUGAAGCAAUGAUGGAAAUAGGAGAAAUGAAUGAAACAUUAAAAAAAAAAAGAC